AACAUAUUCUGCAAGCAAAUGUUCGCUAGUGUGUGCGUUAGUGUUUUGAAGGAGGAGGAUAGUUGCAAAAGAAAAUGUUCAUGAAAGCGAAAAAAGUUUAAUAUUUUGGUGUAUGUCACCAGGAGUAGUAGAACGAAAAAUCAGUUUUAUAGUCAUAUAAAAGUGGUGAUUCAAUCUGAAAAUAGCCUGACGAUUAUGCUGUUGGUGUAUUGAACGAAGUUCCAUCGGUAGCUGGCCGACAGCGCCGAAUUGGAAAGUGGAAGCGCAACGUGAAAGUUUACCUACAAGGGCACAGUGGAAAAGUUUCCGCUACAUUGCGAAGAAGUGUACUGCUGGACAAAACUCGGCUUUCAUUAAUCGGCAAGCCGCAGCUCAUUUGUUACAGAGAUCAAGCUCACAUCUACCAUCCGACGGGGUGUGGAUAACUGCAGUUAACCAUCACGUAAAUACUGCCUGAUGCAGGUGGAGGCGAAGCACAGCCGAAAGUUGCGAAAAGUGGGACAAAACCUGCUCCAUUAGUAUAGUACGUCAACGGGAUAACUUUAGAACGUAAUCGACAAAUCCAGUUCACGGCAAUGACGUCUGUCCAAAGUCAGGAGGACCUUGAGGCGCGGAUCGCGCGCAUCAAGAAGCGUAACGAGGAAAUCGAGAAGAAACACCGCGAAGCCGAAGCAGAUCGAUUGAUGGCCAUGAAGGAGAACGCCAUGGUAGAAAUUAAACCUCCGAAAGACAAUGACUGGCCACGAGAGCAUAAAUACGAUAAAAUUGACUUCACUUACGAUUUGGAUGCGAACGCUUUGGCAGAACUUGAAGAAAAAAAGAAAGAAAAGAAUGCAUUCAUUCAAAAAAUUGCAAAGGAAUACAAAGUAUUUGCUGAGGGUGAAGGACCUCCCCCUGAUCCGGCAUACAGUUUCCUGGCGGAUGUGGAACGUGAUGGUGAGAAGUCAUUACCAACGAAUUUAGCUCUUGUCAGUAAAGGUUCAAUCAAGAACAAUUUCGAGCGUAAGAAUCCAAACAACCGAAGCGGUCGUCUCGGAAAUGGCACAAUGCCCAGCAGUAAUCGAGGUGGAAGAGGUGGAGGGUGCGUCGGAAAUAAAUGCAGCUAUAAUGGUAAUCUUCAGAGGUCCUUAUCGACUAAUGAGCAUGACGGACGUCUAAGACCGGAUCAUGGUCGGUACGGGCAUAACAGGACAGCCGGUGGAGUCGGCCCGGCAGAAGGUAGAUGGCGCCGUGAUUGGGAUAUCGAUAGGAGCAAGGAUGAUUGUUGUAUCCACAAUCAAAGUAACAGCUUCAAGGGAGAGCCAAAUUUAACCGUUUCGGUAUCACAGGAUGGAGAAUUUAAGAGUGUGAAAGUAACAUCACCACCAAUAAUAGGUAGUGGUCGGGUUGGCCCGCGUCAACCGGCGAAACCACAAUUUCAAUUUCAAACGACAGGACUGCAGGAUCACCAUGGCGGAAAGCCAUCGCAUCACCGAAACAAUAGUGAAAAUUUCAACCGAAAUGUCCCGGGACGUAAGUCUGAUAAAGAUUCAAAGCGUACCGCAAAGGUAACUGGGCAGCAACAAUCGGCAAGCAAUAAAGCAGGUUGCACUGCUGGAAGUGUGCAGGAUCGGCUAAACCGUAACAGAGCAGCUAACAGCGAUCGGAAUGAUAAUUCCGUAAAAACUUGCACGAAUGGAAGCAAUGAAAGUGGUCCCCACACUUUGGCAAAAACAAACGCCACACUGAAAACGAUUUCAAAAAUAAUCGAGAAAAACGCGGAAAUCGACGAAAAGCUAGCCCGUCAGAUGCAUCACGAGAACGAGAAGAUGGCUAGUCGAAUGAAGGAGCUUCGCAUGCAAGACGGAGCCAAUGGGCACAUGGGGUAAGGCAAGCCCUGAUCAGAGGAUACUUUUCUUAGGCUUCGUAACCCACGAAAGUAACCAAUAUGGGCCUGUUUGCUCCUGAAAAUAACACACGCUAGCGCUGCUAUAUUACUAGAUAAUGUAAAUGGUUUUUUUACUAUGAAAAACUGUACUCAUAGACGUGGCAGCUUUUCAACUACCCCCGAGCCCAACGGAUAUUGAGAGAACACUCAACUUAACCCAGUGCACGAAUUUUUUCUAGGCUACGUAAUUUUCAACUGUUGGCUGGGCGGCCAAUCAGGCAACAAUCAGUUUUAUUCAAUGGAUACUACUCUAUUUAUUAUUUAUAAUCAGUUUAUGUAGUUUUAGUCCGAAUGAAACGAACUUCUGCAUAUUUAACUGUUUCAAAUUAUCAUUGAGAUAUGCAUGUUAUAUUUUAACGUUUAUUUUACCCAAAUACGUUAUACGAUCCGAAGCAUUUAGUGUCCUGCCUGCUUGUUGAGGCGAGUUCAAAAUUUAUUUCCGGAAAAUGUAUUUCAUUUCUCAGUUUUUAUUAGUACGAUGAUAAAAGAAACGAAUCCAUAAAUGUUGAAAAUAUAUAUCACGUAACAUUUGAUGAUAAAAAGUA